AUGGGAGGAAAUAGUUCCCCAAGUGAAUAUUCACUCUCUGGUGGGGGAUCCGGUUAUUUUGGAGGAGGUGGGGCAUCUGUAACUCACAAUAAACACGGAUCUGGUGCAGGAGGUUCUUCGUAUGUGUCAGGUUGUAAUGGAUAUGUUAGUGUUUCGAGAAAUUAUUCUCUCCAAAAUAGUAUCUCAUUUAAUGGUACUGUACACUACUCAGGACUCUUUUUCACAAAUAUUCGAAUGCUCUCAGGUGAUGAACUACUUCCAAAUUAUUCAUCAACGAAAACAAACAGCUUUGUAUCCUAUGUUCACGGACAUCUCGGUGAUGGUGCAUUCAAGAUCACUCUUCUUGAAUGUAUAAAUAUCUGCUCAAAUCAUAUCUAUGUAAACCUAUUUUCAUACUCCCAAUUUUUCUCUUUAAGUUUAUUAAACUUUUUUAUUUCAUAA